AUGGGCGGCGGUCACUACGAAGCUCCCCGCGUACCGACGCGCCAGGAAAUGGUGGACGCCAAGCUGCCACUGCACUACCGCGACACAUGUGCGGGCCUGCUGAUCCCGCUAAACGAAUGCCGACGUUCUACGCUUUUCCUCCCGUGGAAGUGUCAGGACCUCCGUCACGCCUACGAGAAGUGCCAGUACGAGGAGUGGAAGACCCGUGUGGAACUGCUUAAAAACCAGGACUGA